AUUAUUACUGAACAGGCCUAAGGCCAUUGAAAAUAGGGCAAACAAACCCUAGAGGUGGCGGAGAAGACGACCACGACGUAGGAGAUCAUUUAAAUGUGUGGAUUCAUGCAGCAUCAUGAAAAGCUUGAAGGAAGGCCAAAUAUGACAAUGGGAGAAGUGAGAAAGAUGAAAGCAGAGAGAGAGUUGAGUUUUCCAUGUAGAUACUAGUUGGUUUUCAUCUGCUAACUAGUAAUUUUAUACAAGCGGAAGAUGUGCGAUUAGAGACUACACGAGCUAGAUUUUCAAAUGUGAUUAAAAGGCAUGGGCAGUUAAUUGAGCGUCUUUCUAGGGAUUCUGACAAGAUGACUUUUGAGCGUCUACAAAAGGAAUUUGAUGCCGCUCGAGCUUCUCAAACUGAAGAGAUUCUUUUAGAUGGCGAACAGUGGAAUGAUGGGCUAUUAGCUACAAUAAGGGAGCGGGUUCAUAUGGAGGCAGACAGAAAGGCAAUGCCAGGGGACUCAAGCAUGCUACCGGAUCCUCUUUUCCAUGGAAAAACCACUUAUAAAGUUGGGAAUAAGGUAAUUUGUUGUUUGGAAAGGGCAAGGAUUGGCAUACAAUAUGAGACAUCUUUUGCUGGAGAACCUUGUGAGCUGUACCACUGUGUGCUUGAGAGUAAAUCAUUUCUUGAAAAGAUGACCGUUAACGAGCAUACAGUACCGUUCUUUCUACCAAUACGAGAAGCAGAAAAUGAUCUUCUGUCUUCCAAUGCAAUGAAAUUUAUAGAUCAUGUUGGAGAACUUCUGCAAGCUUAUGUGGAUAGACGGGAACAGGUUCGCCUUAUUAAGGAGUUAUAUGGGAAUCAAAUUGAAGAGCUUUAUCAUAGUCUUCCCUACCACAUGAUUGAAUUGGCACUGGAUGAUUCUGAUUGCAAGAUAACAGUUAGUCUUAGAUACGCGGAUCUCCUCUCUGUCCUUCCAACCCGAAUUAGAGUCCUAGCCUGGCCAAUGCAGCCAAGCAAGAAAAUCAUAACAAGCACUGGGACAAUCGGUAGAAAGGGGAACUCUGUUCCAGCUCGUCUGUCUUACGCAGAGGAUGCCUUGCGAACAAUGAGCUUACCAGAAGCAUAUGCAGAGAUUGUGCUGAACCUGCCACGGGUUCUCCAGCAAAACUUUCAGCAUAGAGGCUCAGCUUAGAGCUUCAUCUCUUCCCCAAACCAUGCCAAUAUGUACAAAGCUAUAGGUUGUGGUUGUGAUGGAGUUGCACUGGUUGGUAGUGAAAAAGUUAGAGCUGGUUUUUGAUACAUGAACUUCUGUUUUUAUUUUUUUUGCGUUAGCGGCCAGUGAACCAAUACCAUGUUGUCAUGCUGCUACUUUGCGAAAGACAAUUGAGACAUCCAUGGUAAUGAAAUCAAUUUAUUGAAUUUCAUAGUACA